AUGCCUCCAAAGAAGCAGAACGUGCCUUCAGGCUCGAAGGUGAAGGAGGACAAGACUUUCGGCAUGAAGAAUAAAAAUAAAUCUGCCAGGGUCCAGAAGCAGGUGCAGAUUUUGCAGCAGCAGCAAGCUAUGACUGGAAAGUCCAAGGAAGCGGUUGCAAAGGAGAAAGAAAAGGAACUGCGCGAGAAAGCGAAACUCGAGGAGGAGAAGCGCAGGAAAGAGGAAGCUGCUAUGUUCAAGCCUGUUCAGACGCAGAAGGUACCUUUUGGAGUCGAUCCAAAAACGGUGCUUUGUGCUUUCUACAAAGCUGGAAACUGUGAGAAGGGUAACAAGUGCAAAUUCAGCCAUGAUCUCAAUAUUGGCCGCAAGGUGGAGAAGAAGAAUUUGUAUGAGGAUAACAGAGAAGACAAGAUGAAAGAUACUAUGGAGAACUGGGAUGAAGAGAAGCUACGGAAUGUAGUCCUAUCGAAGCACGGCAAUCCUAGAACAACAACAGACAUCGUGUGCAAAUUUUUUGUUGAGGCCAUCGAGACUCAAAAGUUUGGGUGGUUCUGGGAAUGCCCCAAUGGAAGCGAAAAGUGCCAGUAUAGGCAUGCCUUACCUCCUGGAUUUGUGCUCAGAUCGGAGCGCAAGGCCGCUGAGGAGGCAGCGAAAGCCAACACCAUCAGUCUGGAAGAUUUCCUUGAAAUUCAGCGCCACAAACUAGGCUCAAAUCUAACUCCAGUCACUCCAGAGACUUUCGCCAUAUGGAAGAAAACUAGGAUGGACAAGAAAGAAGCCGAAACAGACGCACUGCGGAAAGCAAAAGAAACGCAACAUGCAGCUGGUAAGAACUCGGGCAUGAGUGGGCGAGAUUUGUUCCAAUACAAUCCAGAAUGGUUCGAAGACGACGAAGACGAAACCGAAGACUGGGAUCUAUCGGUAUACCGUCGGGAGCAAGGUGACUCGGAAGAUUUUGCGAGGGUUGCAGAUGACGUUCAAAACGUCAGGAUAUAUGAUGACGGUGAAGACGGCGAUUCUGGAGGGCCAUUAUCAUCGGAUGACACGUAGGAUAUUUUAUUGUGUG